AUGAGGUCUUGGUUGCUCUUCACCAGCGCCGGCAUCCUGGCCGGCGUGUCCAACGCGGCUUGUACCAACAAGUGCGGCUCCAACAAGUGCUUGGGUGCUAUUGCUGCCGACCCUGCGUUCGGAGAGUCGUUCUGCUCUUCUUGGUUGGCCUUGGAACCCGCUACCACCACCGUCACCGAGGUCGAGACGGUCACAUCGACUUUGCUCAAUGUCGAGACGGCCUUAACGACACUCACUGUCACCACGGCAACAUUUACAGUGACUGGCAGCGAACGCUCGACCAUCUACCAGAAGCGAGCUCCCACCAUCACCGAAGCUGAUCCAGCCUUGCCCGACCCGACAGAUGUCAUUGCCUCCCAGUGUUCGUCCAACGAUGAUCGCAUCAGCAAGGCCUGCAGCUGCAUUCUGUCAACCGCUACCGCGUCUACCGUGACCGUGUUUGAGACCGCUGUUUCUACUGCCGUUGUUGAGGCCGAGAGCACCGUUGUUGAGACUGUCACGGACAAUGUGGUGGCUACCGUCUCCGUCGCCGCCCCAGCCGUCACGAUCCCCGCCAACAUCAUCGUCAACGGUGGGUUCGAGGACUACUUGAGGACCGGCAACAUUCUCCCAUGGACUGAUACAAGGGAUUCUACCGGCGGAAGGCUUGAUGUCGUGAACGGCGUGAACCCGUGCAUGUCGGGUGGCUCUUACUGUGCAGGCGGCCAAGUUGUCAUCCGCCCCUACCCGCCUACCACCGGUUCCAAAUACGUCGCCAUACGCGAGACCUUCGUCGGACGCCCGUCAACCACUUAUGCGUUCUCUUUCUUGUAUCGCUGCCUCAACUAUGACGCCGGCACCAGCAUUGACAUCCUGUACAAGGGCAGUGUCAUCGGUAGCGUCAACCAAUGUUACAACAGCGCUGCCUUUUACCGUCCCACCGGCAUCACAUUCACCACAGACGCCACGGGCCAGGGUGAGGUCGAGGUGCGCUUCCGCAACUCCGGCGCCACGCCGUAUCUCUAUUUCUACGCCGAUGACUUCAAGGCCAUUGCUGUGUAG